AUGCAACACGACGCCCCAACCACAACCAUAAAAUUCAAACCCUCCAAAAAGCGCAAACCCUACCGCCAGCGCACCGACUCCCCCCCCCAACCCACCACCUCCAAAACACCAUCCCCCGAACCCAACGCGGAAUCAUCUAUCACCGCCGCCAUGCGCGUCCGCCGCAAAGCCCGUCACCAAGGCAUCCCCAUCACCACCGACCAAACCCUCACCCUCGCCAAACCCCCCGACAACGACCACGACAAGCCCGUAAAAGGCAUCCCCGAUCGCUUCAUGCACCAAACGGGCCUCAUAUCAACCCUCAACGACAAACACAUGAACGAAUACAUAGAAUCCCGUCUGUCGCGCACGCUCCCCACCCCUGAGACCCGCGCGGACACGCUCGCAAAACCCGCAGACGCAAGCCACACGCCCGACCAGCCCACGAAACACGGCAAACUGGUCGAGGUGGACGUGCCGGUAGACAUGCGCGACCAGCGCAAGCGCAAGCUGGAGACGGAGAAUCCGAGACCAAAGAGGGGGAGGAACCGUCGUGGGAGCGAUGACGUCAAGCGGGAUCAACUCGUCGAGGCGUUUCUACACGAGAAUAAAUUGGACGUGUACGAUUUCCCUGUGCAAAAUAACACCAUGACCAGCGGGGACGGUCGCUCCGCCGACGAUCGCAUGGCAGAUGAGUUUCGCCAGCGGUACCUCGAUGAAGUGGCGGCGCGGCGGCAGAAGAAAAGACCUGUGCAACAAGCGAAACAGCAGCAGCAGCAACAGACUGGCGAUGUGCUCAGGGGUCCCAAGCUGGGUGGUAGUCGGAACCAGAGGGCCGCCGCUAGAGACAUGUUACUCAAGCAGGAGAAAGAAAAAGGUGGAAGGAGGUUUUAG